UGCGCCUCACAGUGAGUUGGCCGGCGCCAGGAGACAAUGAGGAGGCGGGGAGGAAGGAAGGAAGGCUCCUGGUCGGGCCGCCAUAUUGCCUUCACUGCAAGACUCUGUCGUGUCUGUCGAGCGAUUUGUUGACUUGAAGACGGCGUUUUUCCGGCGAUGACUCAGACGGUUCAAACCAACGGGGUUCAACCCCUCAGUAAGACCUGGGAGCUGAGCCUUUAUGAACUACAAAGAACUCCACAGGAAGCUAUUACAGAUGGGCUGGAGAUCGCCGUUUCACCGAGAUCAUUGCACAGUGAACUCAUGUGUCCCAUCUGUCUGGACAUGCUGAAGAACACCAUGACAACCAAAGAAUGCCUGCACCGUUUCUGUGCCGAUUGCAUCAUCACAGCUCUGAGAUCAGGCAAUAAAGAAUGUCCUACGUGCCGUAAGAAGUUGGUUUCAAAGAGGUCGCUGCGCCCGGACCAUUUCGACGCCCUGAUAAGUAAAAUUUAUCCCAGUCGGGAUGAGUACGAAGCACACCAGGAAAGAGUGUUGGCCCGCAUUAGCAAACACAACAACCAACAAGCUCUGUCCCACAGCAUAGAAGAAGGCCUGAAGAUACAAGCUAUGACCAGAUUACAGCGCGGCAAAAGGCAAACGGUGGAGAACGGCAGCGGCGUGGAGGACAACGGAGACUCUUCUCACUGCAGCAAUGCGUCUGUCCACAGCAAUCAGGAGGCCGGUCCGAGCAUAAAGCGCACCAAGACCAGCGAUGACAGCGGUCUAGACAUGGACAACGCCGCAGAGAACGGAGGAGGCGACGCUGUGAUUGACGGCGGUGCCAGCGAAAUAGAACUGGUUUUUAGGCCUCAUCCCACACUGAUGGAGAAGGACGAUGCGUGGAGGUUCGUGCCCCGCUACAUAAAGACGUCUGGAAAUGCAAGCGUGGACCACCAGUCCAAAUACCUGGCUGUCCGAUUGGCCCUGGAAGAACUUCAGAACACCGAGGCCAAUCCUGUGAACGUUGAGGCGGCUUCGGAGAAACAGUACACCAUUUAUACCACCGCUGGAAACCAGUUCACUGUUCUGAACGGUUCCUUCUCUCUGGAGUUGGUCAGUGAAAAGUACUGGAAGGUGAACAAACCCAUGGAGCUCUACUUCGCCCCCACCAAGGAGCACAAGUAGAAGCCUCACGCAAGGUGAAAUGUGUCUGAAGGAAAAAGGACUCUUGUAUAAAGAAAAGCCGUUCGUCUUUAUUCCCGUCUUUAGAAGGUAGCGGACUACUGCGGCAGCCAGCAGGUGCAACUCGGUCCUCGUAGUGCACUUUCAGUUCGUGUCCAUUCACCCCAGCAGGAAAUCAGGUCAACUACACUUGUUACUUUUCAAGUUUGUACCAAUAUGCUACGCAAAGUUAGCAACUAAAAAAAAAAUCCCCAAAAACAUUUUUAAAUCAGCCUGGCUAUUUUAGCACAGGUCGCCGGGAAAAGGACAAAACGUAGCGUUCCUGUUGUCACCUGGUUGCCGUGCUGCAGUUUUCACUUUCUGUUUGCGUCCCUCAUCGUAGUCCAUUCAUGAAUAACAGCGGAAGUCUUCAUUCCUCUCUUUGUACAUUUAUAGUCUGAUUAAAAACACGGGUCACUUGCUGACUGGCA